GUUUUCCUCCUCUUUACCCUAAAUAAGGAUGAAGGAAGAGCUCGUAGAGUUCACAGUUUGUGUGUAUGCGAUAAAAGGACGAGAAGGUGAAAAACUUGUCAAGUGUUUAUGUACACCUACCCCUCCCCUAUCAGGAAUUCUAUGAAGACUAUUCCAGAACAUUCGAGGUGAAUUUGCCACAUAGUAUAAAGAGCACCACGUUGACGUAGGUGACUCAAAUCAGUAAAGUGUUUGAGUUGAAAGGACCGAGUCCUUGUUGAAAUAAUGGGAAAAGACUACUACAAGAUCCUAGGCGUCUCAGAAACAGCUACGGACGAUGAGAUCAAGAAGGCCUACCGAAAACUUGCUCUAAAAUGGCACCCGGACAAGAACAAGAGCCCAGGAGCCGAGGACAAAUUCAAAGAAAUUUCCGAAGCAUACGAUGUCCUCAGUGACAAAGGAAAAAGAGAAACCUUCGACAAAUACGGAGAAGAAGGACUUCAUGGUGUUCCUAACGGUGGAACCGACAGUAACAUGCGUUUUCAAGGCGGAACAGGUUUCGCAAGAACAUUCGUCUUCACGAAUGGAAAUGCACGCGAAACUUUUGCUCGAGCGUUUGAGAAUGACGACGAAUUCGCGGACCUUAUUGGCGGUUUAGGGGGAUUCAGCUUCUUUAAUGAUAGCAGGAGUAGAAAGCCAGGCACGACAUUUAAUAAUAUGGGAAAUUUCAUGUUCGACGCCGAUUGUAUUGCGCCUCAAACAAAGAAACAAAAGAUUCAAGAUCCCACGAUCGAGAAAGAUCUAUUGGUGAGUCUGGAGGAACUUGUGAAUGGCUGCACGAAAAAGAUGAAAGUGUCAAGGAAGGUUCUGGACGAUCGUGGUUUUUUCAGCACGGAAGAGAAAAUAUUGACGGUGAAUGUCAAGCCCGGGUGGAAGGCUGGAACAAAAAUCACUUUUCCUAAAGAGGGUGAUCGUAAACCUGGUAUCGUCCCUGCUGAUGUGGUUUUCACAGUCAAAGACAAACCGCAUGGUAAGUUUACGAGGGACAGCAACAAUAACAUAAUCUACGCCGCAGACAUCUCUCUUAGAGAUGCCCUGACCGGAGGACUAGCCGAAGUUCCUACAAUUGAUGGCCGAAGGAUAAAAAUGAGGUUAAGUGGCAUCGUAAAUCCUGAUUCUGCACAACGAAUUCAGGGCGAAGGUCUUCCUCUGCCUAAAAAUCCCUCAAAGAGAGGUGACUUGAUCGUCAAAUAUAACAUUCGAUUUCCCGAUCAGCUAUCCUCAGUUCAGAGAGACGUGUUAUUGAAUACACUACCUAGAUGAUGUAAAAACAAAAAAACAUCGAAACCGUGUGAUGCUGUAAAUACUUAUUGUUUGUUCAAUGAUUUGAUAUAUAAUAGUGGAUUUAUUGCAUAUCUCUGAAAGAGAAUAUUUCUGUGGUAAUAACCCCUUUUUUCUCAUUUUGUAACUCUUGAUUCAAAUUUACAAGGCUACGUAUAUAAAGAUAUGAUAAGAAUAUUAUUUUAGAUCUAACUUUUAAUAGAAAUUAUAGUGGAUAUGGUUGUGUUUUGGACCUUUCAACUUCCCAUGUUGAUAUUGGAAAAAAAUAUAUUCUAGAUAUUGAAAAAGAUUUCCAGAAUAAAAAGUUAAACAAAUCCAAUUUCUCUCUUUUUGUUCAACUAUUUCAUAUAUUUUCAAGUUUCUCUGUCCUAGUGUGUCAAAGCUCUAAGGAUUUUUCGAAAUUAUAAACCUGGUCCUGUGAUGUAGUGCUGAUCUUGUUGUUUAUUUCUUAUUUAUUUAUAUUAAUCUUUACAUCACACUAUUAACAUUAUAUGCUAUUUAAAAGAGAAAUUCUGUGUUGUUGUGCAUCUGUUUGGUAAUAGAUCACAGAUGAUGUCAAAAUGUAGUGAGAACAAAAAAAGGCACAUGAGGUGCAGCCAAGUGUGUCUCUGACGCUCUCACCAAAUUCUGACGUCUUCCAUGAUCUAUUUCAGGAACAGACCUGCAGCAACAUAAAAGCUAAUUCCUUUCUAUGACAAAGAGGCAAAAUGACGUUAGUGGUAAUGUUUUUUUUCUGUUUGCCCUCCAAUACAUGACCCCAAAAUAUCCACAUUUAUGCCCAAUUGUAAAAGAAAAUUUAGAUGUUUUUCUCCACAUUUAACCUGAUAAUUUCCAUUGAGAUCAGUUUAUGUAUGAUAGUGACCCUCUGGCAAUACACGAGGCUGGUUAUAUUGCCCCUAAUGACCAACCCUCUUAAAAAGAUGUAUUGUCGUCAUGUGAGGCGUAAGAAAAUGGUGGAUUACAUAAUCUGAGCUUUGUACUCCCACGCAAUACUCACUUGGAUUGUGCCCAGUGAGUGCUGAUCUAAAAAAGUGGGUGAAAAUAUUAGGCAUUUCCCAAAAUAGGAUAUGAUAUUUGGAAAGAUGACUGAAAGUUUUAUGUAAUAUACAUGACUAUUAUCCAAUCUAGUGAAACUCUCUCAACUUCUAGAAAAUGAUAAAAGAUAUUAAUUCAAACAUGAAGUGUUUGUUUUCCUGGAUCAAGGUUCACAGGGCAUACUGGUUCUCUGAGAAUUGCCAUUUUGAAUUCUUUCAUUUGGUUUACAUAUUUGAAAUAAAUAUUAGUCAAAAAUGUCUAAAAGCAUCUAAGGAAUUUAUGUGAAAUUAUAUUUCCUUCCAUUUCCUUGAUUAGGUUAAUGCUUUAUUAGUUAUGAUUUAAACAACUGUAUGGAGU